CAGGGAGGAGAAAAGAGGAGUGAGAAGGAGCACAGAAGAGAGAAGAGAAAAAGGAGAAAAUAGACGACCACAGAGAAGUGAAACUUUGGAUUCAGUGCUUCGAAAAAGGAGGCAAGGCUACUGUAACAAGGUCUCCCUGUGGUCUGCUACCUUCCCACAUUCACUGCUCACUAGCAUAUAAAGAGCUCCCUUGGGAGUGUGAAAGGAGUCAAGGGAAGAGAAGGAAGUGCUUUUGGUAGUGUCUCUUCCUUAGGUCAGGGAGAGAAAGGCAAGGAAUAGAUUCAAAAGAGGCUUAUAGAUCAUUCCUUGGGAUGAAGAGAGAAGGCAAGAGGACAUGGCUGGUACUGGCUCCAGAAGGCUAUCUCUGAUCUCUGUUCCCCCAGCAGCCCAGCCUUCUCCCAUUGCCUGCCAUCACCAUCCACAUCAGCAUGUGGGUAGAGACACACUGGAGAGGCAUUCGCCAAGCUUUGUUGUUUGUCUUCACCGCCGCACUUCUCAUUGGGGUCAUCAUGCUGGCUAUCUCCUCUAACAUCAACCCAGUUGGAUUCUUCUUCCUGGGGGUGGGGGGCGUGUGCCUGAUCGGCUACCUGCUGAGUGUGUUUAUGGAAUGCUUCCUGAAGCAUCGGCACCCACAGGAUACAAAUCAGGCAGCCACAAGGAGACAGAGCCAGGCAGGGGUGAAUUUUGCCUAUGAAGCACCAGCCUAUGAGGACGUGGUGACAAUGACACCAGCCCCAACAGUCUGGACGAUCACCUCCACUUCAGGCACAGUGCCCUCAACACUGGGGGAGCCCCCACCAUACAGUGUGGUCAUUGAGCCGCCCAGUAUGGCAGAAACUGGGGCGGAGACCUUCAGCGUCUCAGUGGCAUCAGGCAUCAGGCGUGCCUCCGAGGCAGACGCAGGCUCCAGGCUGCACCUUAGGUUGGUGCUGCCCCCCAGGAUGCAGCGCUUUGUCUCAGAUAUCCAUGAUGUCAAAGAUGCUGAAGAGAGGCUGGAGCCACUCACCCCACCACCUGCUUAUGAGAGUCCCACUGAUGAUGAUGUCUUUGCAGAAGCUUUCCAACCCUCAAGACAAUGAUUAAACAGACAGCCCCUGCUUGUUAUGGAUGAGACACAAAACCCAUCUAGUGCCACCACAAACUGGAGAAAGGAGCUCAGGUCUGCGGGCCAUGUCAUGGGAGCACCAAGGGGUCCACAAUAGAGGAUGUGGGGUGAAGAUGGAACGCUGAGCCCAGGGCUGUAGGCUGUAAGUGUGAAGAGGACAGUGCACAAAAGACCCCUGCCCCUACACACAGUACACUCUGUACCUCUCCACACACACUGCUCAUUCUCUCCUGCAUCCCCUAUAUACAUGACUCACUACCUGCUCCACCACCACCUGCUAUUUCCUACACAUACACACACUAUCCAUUACUUCCCUACAUGGACAAACUACUAUCCCCUUCAGGAACACACACUGACUCCCUCUCUCAUACACACACACACAUUAUCUGCUACUCCCUGCACAAACACUCUUAAUACUUCCUACACACAUAUAUGUACUGUGUACUUCUCCCCAAGCACAUGAACGUCCACCCACUUACCUACUAUCCUCAAACACACACACAUUUGCCAAUGUCCUGGAUCAUUCCUUAGAUUUCAUGCUGUCUUGACAUCUUCCUCAGAAAUGAAGUUUUGGGUUUUUCCAGAAACAAUACAUUAACUGAUGAGCUGUGAGUUAGAAAUUAUCCCUUAAAGUGGAUUGUUCAGAACCAGGGUCGUCUUAGAUGAUAAACAGAAAUGAGUGACUACUCACCAGCAGAUACCAAAGACAUUCACAGUCUUGUAGAGACAGCCCUACAUUUUAUAGGGUCCUACAUUACUUAACAAGUGUGAGGCCCAACUCCCUCUGCAUGCCCACAAAGUGUCUGUCUGUCUGCAUCCCCUUCUGAAAAGCUAUUUAUGGGGCCCCACAGAUUUUUUUUUUUUUGCCUUCUCUCCAUGGAGCCAAAAGGUGGAGAAGAAACAACUGUCUUAGAGGAAGCCAGGAGAACUGCUGGGACCAGAAUCAGAUGGGUCUGUGCAUGUGGAACUGAUAGCAAAAAGUAUACUGGAGCCACUGAAGGCCAGAGCCCAGUGCAGUUGCAUCAGUUGCAGGAGUCCAAGUUGCCCGGUAUCCUUAGAGAAUAACCAAAAUCUAGGUUUCAACUUACUAAAGUCUUGCAUUUAUAUAUAUUUUUUAACUUGUAUUUUUUAGUGCUGUUGAUUUAUGAUUUUUAAAAAAUACAAUUAAGUGUGUUUCAGCCAAAGCUUCACUUCCCAGUGACUUCCUAUUAAAUAUUAUUGGUAUUACAGUAAUGGCUACAUAUCCCAACCAGGAUCAGAACCUCAUUGUGCUAGGCACUGAUAAACAGAUAGUAAAGAACAGUUGCUGUCCCAAACAGCUUACAAGACAAUGGAUGGGAAGAAAAAAGUAUGUGUGACACCUUAUAUGGCAGCAAAGAGUCCUGUGUCACUUUAUAGACUAACAGACCCACUUCAUCGGAUGUAAUAUGGAAGUCUCUUUUGGCCCUGAAAUAUAUUAAUUCUAUUUCCCAUAGAGGCACUACUGCGGUGAGGGGGGGGGAGGGGUUGUACUCUUCAUACUUAAAACAGUAGCAAGUCUAUCUUACCACUUCUUGAACCAGGCUAGAAAUUCUGAAAUAAAGCUUUUGAUUCUACUGGAAUUCUUUGCAUGUUCAAAACAAUACUGCAAUGGUCCCUCCUGGCAGAAGUGGCAUAGAGGGACAUAAAGAAUGAAGUGGUAUGAUCUAGAACAAGAAUCCCAGAUGCACACUGCAAAGCACAGUGGACUAAAGGAAUGAAUCCUGGAUCAAACAAUGAGGUAUCAUGGCCAGCAGCAGGGGUAGGCUGACCAUAUGUCCGUUUUGGCUGGGACAGUCCCUUUUUUAAGCCCAGUCCUGGCCCUCCUGACUUUUUUGGCAAAAGUGAGCUUUUGUCCUGUUUGCUCUUGCUGACUUGCUCAGUUGGCAAGAAAAAAUGGAGCAAAUGCCCACUUUUGUCAAAAAAGUGGAGUGUGGAGGAACCAUGCUAGCCUCAUGCAGGGAGGGAGGCAGGGCUCAGGCAAGCAGCAACCUCAGCCCUGCAUGAGGGGGCGGGAAGGGAGGGGGAGGAAGCAGAGCUCAGGUGAGUGGCUCAGGCCAGCCCUGCAUGGGGGUCAGGGAGAGGAUGGCUUGGGCUAGCCCAACGCAAUAUUCCAUUUUCCCUUUGGGAAAUAUGGUCACCCUAAGCAGGGGUAUCAAACACAUUUGGAGGAAAGAACCAAAUUCCAUGUUUAAUUUGGCUCUAUUUCAGGCUAUAAUUCAGUACUAUAUAUCCCCACAAUGCACAGUGGAAGGUUUGUACAGAGAUCAAGGGGAGAAUAUGCCCUUUAUAUAGUAACUAAAUAUUCAGUGAUUAUUUCUAAUGUGUUCAGUGUCUUAUCGUCACAUUCAGCACUGGGGAAGGAAACCUGUGCCCGGUUGGACCAUUACUAUCUCUACACCUUUUGUCUCUUCCUUUCCAUUCCCCUUUCUCUAUUUCUCCCCACCUUCCCUGUCUCUGAGUUCCUUUGUCCUUUCCUCUGCAUUUCCUUCUCCAAUGCUGCUCCCAUUUCCUACCUCAGUGGGUUCCACUUUAGGGUGGCCAGAGGGCAAGUGUGAAAAAUCAGGACAGCGGUGUGGGGGGUAACAGCUGCCUAUAUAAGAAAAAGCCCCCCAAAUCGGGAUUGUCCCUAUCAAAUCGGGACAUCUGGUCACCCUACUCUGCUUCCACCUUAACACUCAUCCCACACAAUAAAAUAAUCAGGGAUUAACUACUCAGCCCCAAGUAUCAUUAGGAUUUAGACUGGAUUCUCUAAUCAGAUUAACAGGAGUCUGGGCAGUGAGCCAUUGUUUCAAACUGUCUGAAGACUGAAGGAGACAUCACUGUAUCCGAUGAAGUGGGUUUUAGCCCACAAAAGCUUAUGCCCAAAUAAAUUUGUUAGUCUCUAAAGUGCCACAAGUACUUCUGUUAUUUUUGCUGAUACAGACUAACACGGCUACCACUCUGAAACCCAUCACUGUAUUGGUUAUGCUCUCUUCACCAUUGGAAGGUUAGCCCUCUAGCCAUAAGGGCUAGAAACUUACUCUUUUUAAAAAAUGAUAGUUUAGAUUCUGGAGAAUGUGAACAUGUCAUGCAGGCCAUAAAAUCACCUAAGUUCAGCCAGAUUCAUCAUAAAGGCAGUUUGUUUGAUAGGCCUGUCCUAGAGCAAGGAGAAGAGUUUCAUUUUUAAUUCUGCCACUGAUUCACUCCAUGCUCUUGGGUAAGGACAAGUCUACUUUUAAAACACUGCAUUGGUGCAGCUGUACCAAUGCAGCUGCACUGCUGUAGCAUUUGAACAAAGAUGCUCUAGGCCAACGGGCGAGAGCUCUCUCGUUGGCAUAGUUAAUCCACCUCCCCAAGAGGUGGUAGUGAUGUCAGUGGGAGAAGCUCUCCUGUCAACAUACCACUGUCUACAUGGGGAGUUAGGUCAGUAUAAUUAUGGCAUUCAGGGUGUGAAAAUCUAGGCCCCUGAGUGAUGUAGUUACACCGAUAUAGGUCUGUAUUGUAGACCAGACAUCAGUCACUUCAGUUUCCCCAUUUGUGAAGCUGGAAUCAUACUUCUAAGAGUGUUGUGAAGUUUAGGGGGUUAAUGUUUGGAUACACUUUGACCAUGCAAAGGCCUAUAAAUGUGAAUGUACACCUCUACCCUGAUAUAACGCGACCCGAUAUAACACGAAUUUGGAUAUAACGUGGUAAAGCAGUGCU